AUGUCCAAAAACGCCGUCAUAUCCAAGGCUUUCGCGGCUGCUUUUGCUAUCCUGACCGUCUCUGUCAUUGUUGGCAUUGUCGGCAUGAUUAUUUAUUACAACAAAGAGAUCUCUACGAUGAACCCGACGGUCCGUCCAAUAAUCACGUCCACCACCGUCGCUCCUCCACCUAAAACAAGGCUGCCACAGAAUGUCAUACCUCACAGCUACAAGGUCUUUCUCCAGCCUCACCUCUACACCCGAAUCAUUGAGAAGAUCAACGUCACCAGUCCCAACCAGACGUACGUCUUCACCGGGAACUCUACCGUCAACUUUCAUUGUGUCAACGUUACUCGCAACAUCUACCUCUACAGCCUUGACCUGAAAAUUUCUAAAGCAGUGGUGAUGGACGAAGAUAAAAAUAAGAUGAUCCCGGUUACUGCAGUAAAUAACACCAACACGGUCCAUAACUUCCUGGAGAUCAAGUUAAAUAAGGAUCUGGAGGUAGGAGGGAACUACAGUUUGUUUUUGGCUUUCGAAGGAGAAAUGCUCAACGUUCCUGACUCGUUGUAUGUAAGCACAUAUAUCGAAGGGGUUCCAGCUAGUGAAGAUGAUACAAAUACAGAGAGAUUCCUUGCCGCCACCAAUCUGCAACCAACAAAUGCCAGGAGAUUGUUUCCUUGUUUUGAUGAACCAGAACUGAAGGCAAAGUUUAAUGUGACCAUUAUCCAUAGGAUAAACACGAUUGCUCUAGGGAAUGCGGAAAGAAAAGACUCCCUUAUUAUCGACGAUGACUGGAUCUACACCAGUUUUCAUCCAACACCGGUGAUGUCAACAUACUUGUUCGCCUUCACGGUUUCAGAGUUCAAAGACUCAACGCCCUCCUCACAUGAGCGUGUGGAAAUUAACACAUAUGCUCGUCCUGAAGCCGUUAAAGCAGGACACACUCAAUAUGCAGCCAACAUCACCGGAAAGAUUCUCAAGUUCUUCGAGGACUAUUUUGGAAUUGAGUAUGAACAGAAAAAGCUAGAUCAAAUUGCACUGCCAGACUUAUAUCCUCUAGCAAUGGAAAACUGGGGACUGAUCACAUACCAGGAGGGAAGCCUGCUCUUUGAGGAAGGAGUGUCCUCGUUGUUGCACAAGGAAGACAUCGCAAAUCUCAUUGCACAUGAACUGGCACACCAGUGGUUUGGAAAUCUGGUGACGAUGAAAUGGUGGAAUGAGAUCUGGCUGAACGAGGGCUUCGCCAACUACAUGUCGGUCCUUGCAAUAGACGCUGUUGAGCCUACAUUUAAAUUAAAAGACAUAUACAUCAUGUUUACCCUCCACACAGCCUUUGAACAGGAUGCUCUGGCCUCAUCCCAUCCGCUCAGUCCUUCACAGCAAGAAGUCCAGGAUAGUGAUGAGAUCCAUGAGAUGUUUGACUCGAUAACCUACUGCAAGGGGGAGGCUGUGCUGAGAAUGCUGGUAGACAUUGUGGACGAAAGGGUUUUCAUCAAAGGAAUCAGAAGUUAUCUCUCAGACUUCAAGUUUAAAAACACAGACCAGAAUGACCUCUGGGAAUAUAUACAAAAGGCCGAGCAUAUGGAUGGUGGUCACACUGAGGUUGCCAAAGUGAUGAACACCUGGACCAAGCAAAUUGGCUAUCCUGUCAUCACCAUCAACACCACCACUGGAGAAGUCUAUCAGAAGCACUUCCUGUUCAAUGAAUCUUCUGAAUCCAGUCUUUGGUGGUAUGUCCACAUCAGAGUCAUGUCCGAAACAUCUAAACCUACAUUCGUCUGGUUGGAAUCCCGCGAAACAGUUAAGAAAGACGAAUUCAUUUCCAAAAGUGAAGAGUGGAUCCUGGCAAACAUCAACUGUACUGGAUACUACAGAGUCAACUACAACCCAGAGAACUGGGAACGCCUCCUGACUCAGCUGGAGACAAAGCCAGAUCGGAUCCCACUGAUGAACAGAGGGCAGCUUGUCGAUGAUGCAUUUAACUUGGCAAGGGGCAAACUAGUUGAAGUGACUCUCGCUCUGAAGUCAACUCGCUUCCUUCGCAAUGAGACAGAGUUCAUUCCCUGGGAAUCAGCAGUCAGGAACCUUGAGUACUUUGUCCUCAUGUUCGACCGCUCCGAGGUUUAUGGACCCAUGCAGGCUUACCUCCGGGAACAGGUCACAGGCCUGUACGGCUUCUUCAACAACUACACAGACAAUUGGCAAGUUCCAAAGGAUCAUUCGUUACAGCACAACCAGAUUCUCGCCAUACAGGUGGCGUGUUCCAAUGGACUCCCAGAAUGCUUAAAGAUGGUUACAAGGAUGUAUUCCCAGUGGAUGCACACCAACGGCACUAACCGUAUCCACCCCAACCUGCGGUCUGUAAUCUACUGCCAAGCUGUGGCUGCUGGUGGGAGGGAAGAGUGGGAGUUUGCCUGGACCAAGUAUCAGAACUCCAGCGACACCUCAGAGAAAGACCAGCUCCGUGAAGCUCUGGCUUGCACCAAGAAGAUCUGGCUGCUCAACAGAUACCUGGAGUACACCUUGAACCCUGAGAAGAUACGUCUAAUGGAUGUCACUUCCACGAUUAACUCCAUAGCCAGGAACGUGGCGGGGCAGGCGCUGGCCUGGAACUUUAUCAGAGCUCACUGGGAAUAUGUUAAUCAGUGGGAUGCAGCCACGCUGAUUGAGGGAGUGACCAGCAGGUUCUCAACCCAAUUUGAACUGGAGGAGCUGCAGCGUUUUGCAAAAGACUAUGAUCUGCGUGCUGCUACCAGGGCAGUGGAACAGGCCAUAGAGCAAACCCAAGUCAACAUCCAGUGGGUCGGCAAGAACAAAGAUAUUAUACUGGAGUGGUUUGAAAGAGAAACAGCUAAGUAAAGUGGAAAAACACUGUUGUAGAACCUCACAGAUCUGUAGUGCUGGCGGUUUGUAUUUCUGCAGCUCAACACUCCUCCACUGAAUCCACCUCAAAAACAACAAAAAACAUUGAAGACUGAAUCUUUGCCUAGGAAAUAAUCAUGAAAUAAGACAUUCAAUUUCCAACCAAACAAUAAGACUGAUUGUACUAUAGUGCUGACACAGAGAAAUGUAGCACAGUAAAAGUAAAAACACAGUGUUUAUAUUUAUAUACAUUUUUGCACAUGAUGCUGAUACAGCAUCUGACAAUUUAUAAAACUAUUAAAGUUUAGUUGUAUGUUUGAAAAUGUUUCAUGUUUGAUACAAAUUAUAACUUAUAUACUUUUGAAAAUCAGUUUUUCUUGUUGCUUUUGAUUAUCAGCUUUUCUUUGCAAUAAAAACAUUUUAUUAAUCUCCUCAAAUAUGUAUUUGUAGGACAAACAGAAGGAUACAACAGCUGAAAUUUUCCAGUAUUUUUAUGUUGCCAUUUUCCAAAUCACCUUCUCAAGGAUUGCACAAGUCAGAGCCAAAGGACAGAACUUCCUCUAUUUGUUAUAUGUCUAUAUGUGUAUUUUAUUGUAAUCAAGGAACCAAAUUAUUCUUGUAUGUUGCUGAAAUUGUUAUUUUUAAUAAUAAAACUUGGGCAUU